UAGCAACUUUACUGAUCGUCCGACGUGCAGAGGUGGAACCAGGCUCCUGGCGCGACAUAACAGUCAAUGAAUGUAACAUACCCUUGGCCACUUGGAUGAAGGCGGUGCUAGUGGUGCCCAAGAAGCAGGGCCUUGCCUUUGUGGUUAUAGAAAGAGAAGAUGGCUCCCGUUCUGGAGAAACAGCUCCCGGGCGCACCCGGGACAGGCGACAAUAACAACGAAGAGGAAGAAGGACAAAACCUUUGGUCCUCGAUACUGAGUGAAGUUUCAACUAGAUCGAGUUCAAAGUUGCCAUCAGGAAAAAAUAUCCUGGUAUUUGGUGAGGAUGGAUCAGGAAAAACGUCACUUGUGGCCAAACUUCAAGGAGCUGAUCACAACAAGAGAGGAAGGGGACUGGAGUAUCUGUACUUAAAUGUCCAUGAUGAGGACAGAGAUGACCUUACUCGUUGUAAUGUGUGGAUCCUGGAUGGAGACCUAUACCACAAAGGCCUACUUAAGUUUGCUGUUUCAGCUCAGUCACUACCUGACUGUCUAGCUGUGUUUGUUGUGGACAUGUCACGGCCUUGGACCAUUAUGGAGUCACUGCAGAAGUGGGCCAGUGUGCUACGUGACCAUGUGGACAAGCUCAAGAUUCCACCUGAGGACAUGAGAGAAAUGGAGCAGAGGAUGGUGAAAGCGUUCCAGGAGUAUAUUGAACCGGAGGAUGCCAACCCUUCCUCCCCGCAGAGACGGGCCCCAACAGCAGGGGAAGACGAAGCUGUUGUGCUGCCACUGGGGGACAACACACUCUCUCACAAUCUGGGCAUUCCAGUGCUAAUAGUUUGCACAAAGUGUGACGCAGUCAGCAUACUAGAGAAGGAACAUGACUACAGAGAGGAGCACUUCGAUUUCAUCCAGUCCCACAUCAGGCAGUUUUGCUUACAGUAUGGAGCUGGCCUGAUCUAUACUUCAGUCAAAGAGGAGAAGAACAUGGAUCUCCUUUACAAAUAUAUAGUCCAUAAGAUGUAUGACUUUCAGUUCACCACACCUGCCUUAGUGGUGGAGAAGGAUGCAGUGUUCAUUCCAUCUGGAUGGGAUAAUGAGAAGAAAAUUGGGAUUUUACAUGAAAACUUCACAACAGUCAGACCUGAAGAUCCAUUUGAAGAUUUUAUCACGAAGCCUCCAGUACGAAAGCUGGUUCAUGAUAAAGAGAUAAAUGCAGAGGAUGAGCAGGUAUUCCUGAUGAAGCAACAGUCUUUGUUAGCAAAGCAACCAGCCACGCCAACAAGAGGAGCAACAGAGUCUCCGGGACGGACAGCCUCAGGGUCACCCAGGCCUGCAGGUCGCGCCGGCCAGCCUAGCGUGACCAGUAGCUCACCAAUGGCUGCUGUCAAAAAGCCUGACCCUAACAUGAAAGCGGGGGCUGCAAAUGAGGGAGUGCUGGCUAACUUCUUCAAUAGCCUUUUGAGUAAAAAGACCGGAUCCCCAGGGAGCCCAGGAUCUGGAGCCGUUGGAGCUGGAGUGCAAGGGUCCGCCAAGAAAACAGGGCAGAAGCCGGGUUUGACUGAUGUCCAGGCUGAGUUGGACAGGAUGACUCGCAAACAAGACUCCAUGGUUUCAGCUAACAACAUACCACCGCCGACAGAGAACGAAGCGUGAAGGCAACAAAAACGGCUACAUUGUCCACCGCAUUAAUACUCUGGAAAAAUACAUGUACAUCGGAGAGUAAACAAAUUGACCAAAUUCCCAAUGUCUAUAUCUGUCAGGACACAGUGGUUUCACCAAAAUGAGUUUGAGAUGCUAUAAGAUAUUUUGGUGUUCUGGUGAGAUGGGAAGAGAUGCAUAACAGAGAUGGAGGUGUUAAUGCAAUGAUAAGAGCUGAAGGCUUGGCUUUAUUUCUGUCCUCUCUUCCACUGUAAAUGUUAUUUUGUGAGGGUUGUCAGUUUAUGGAAAUGUGUGCACACUCCCUGGCAGCCAGACUGAUGUGCUGGACUGCAGGCCCCCUUCAGUUUCUGGGGUACAACACCCUCUCCUUAUGGGUUUAAAGACUGGGAAUGUGACAAGUCAUGUGGCCUCUGGUUCAGCUUAGAAGGAAUUUGACUGUGAUUGGAAAGGUAUUUAAACUUUAAAUAUAUUAAUUGACAAAAGGUAAUUAAAAUACUUCCAAACAUAUGUAGUAUGUACAAGAAAAUGUUGGAUAUGAUACUGAUGUAUUUAUACAAAGUUCCUUUUUAUUUUAUUUUGUGCACCAUUUAUCAGUUUAAGGAAAUAUUCAUCUAUAUCACAUAGUAUGUUAAAAAUGCCACUGACGUCAUGACACUAAUAUGACAAGUCCAGAUAGCUGAUACCAUAUCAUAUAAUUUGCCCUAGUCAUCUCGAUGGAUUCUGUAAAUAUGAAUACAAAAAAUCUAUUCAGGUUAACUUUGAUUUUGUAUAAAAUGCAAUUCUGUCCAAAUUCUGAAAAUAGCUUCUUUGACUAAAUGAGACUGGUUGGGAUUUGAGAGGCUUAGAGAUUUCAACAAAGCUACAGGUGUGAAUAUUUGGGGAGGGGGUUGGGCAGCAUCUUUCCUACUAUAACUCCUAAGUGCCUCGCACAGUUAGCUGUUUAUGUCAUAGUAGAGGUGCUUGUCUACAAUAGAGGAAAUGCACUGUAGCACCAUCACUUAAAAGGUAUUUGUCCAUUUCUUGUCAUCCAAAUAAUUUAUUUCAUUUUAUGUUUUUGUUUAUGUACAACAAGCCUGUGGUCUCUGUUAUUUUUCAGAAAUAAGAUUUAUGUGGCCUAGCUGAUAGUGUUCAAUAUAGCAAUAGAUUGAAUGCUUUCAUACAUACUGCAAAGGCUGCUGAUAUUAAGAAGAAACCACGUGAUGGCACUUUUGAAACCCCCAGCCGAACACUUACUAUGGUUGAAACCGCUUGCUUUGCAGCCAAAAGAGACACAAUGAUUUGCUGUGGUUUUAACAAAAUGAGAUAUUGUGUCCUUUUUAGUCUUUGACACCACUGUCCUGUAAUUUCACGUUUUAUUCACACUGUACUUCGCAUGUCGGUUAAAACAUUCCCAGUUUCUACAUGAAAUGGCUGUAGAAACACACCUCUGUAGGUAACCUGUUUGUCCAGUCAGGUUUUUUUUUGUUCUGUCUCUUAGUGCCCAUUUAAAAAGACAACCUUUGCCUUCAAUGUACAGCUAACAGUUUGUCACACUGGGCACCCUGCCUUUGCAGGAAUGCUCCUAAUUAAUUUGUGUCCUUAAGGGGUUGCUUAAUUGUCUUAUGUAACUUCUCUUCUUUUUUUUAACCAUUAUACUGUACCAUAUCAGAUAAUCUUUACUAUUUAUGGUUUCAUGAUACCAUUAUCUAAUGCCAAUUAAUUAAGUGUACAUUAUCAUUCUUAAAUCUGUAUGCAGGGCCCUGCUUAAUAUUAUGGAUAGUGUACAUCAGUAGCUUUCACAGAAUCAGUGGCAAGUGUCACGAGAGCAGCUAUUUGCUAUUCAGAUAAUAGCAAAAAAGGAAAAAUGGAGUGAAUUGGAACCAAAGAUAAGCACUAUUUUCUGCUUUUAUAGUUGGUAAUUGUCCAUAAGAUUAACCAGUGGCCAUUUGUUGUCCUACUUUUACAUGGAGCCCUUGCACUCCGACCCUCGGACCUGCUUAUGAUCUCAUCUUUUGAGUAGCACCCUGUAAAAAUGGUAGAAAUGCCUUACUCCACUCAACCAUAUCUGGGGUUUCAGAAAAAAAAACAACAAUUGUGUACGGUCGAUUAUGGUAAAUUCUUUAAACUGGUCUACAAAUACAAUGCAAUUUGGGUUUCACGCCGUUCUUUUUCAGAUUUUCUCUGUAAGGAAUAAUCACAAGAUCAUAUUGGUGUACAGUAUGUCACACAUGAUUUGAUUUGUUGUCAAAAUGGUCUGGAUUUACUUUUGAUAAAAAAAAAAAAAAAAUGAAGCUCUUACUGUUUUGUUUUUUUUAAUUUAUUUAUUUUUUCCUUUUAUUUUCCCCAUUUUUUUUUUUGUGACUGGGUAGAAUGUGCACCUGAGGGUCUGUUGCCGAAAUGAAAUGAAGCACAAUUAAACAGCCAGGAGCAGUCCCACCACAUGUUGAAAUAAGCACUUUUCCUUGGAUACUUGUAUCAGUUCCCUGUUGAUACAGUUAACAAUACAGAAUGCAUAUUUUUCUUUUGCCUUGCCUUUUCAGAGCAUUUAGUGAUGAACAGCGAAGUUAACCUAUACAAUAAAACUUCUUGAUUUAUCUGCAUUUGCUGCUUAAGUUAUGGAUGGUGCCCCUGGUGGUUAACUAUGGAAUAACCCCUUUCUGCUGAUACUGUGCAGUUAAUAUCACUCCUUAAGAAAUCAUUCUCAUCACAUCUGUGUUUUGGAACUUCUUAAAGUAGAACCAAAUAAAUCUCCAUUUAGUUUCAGCUUUGUCCAUUUUGCCCUUGAAACGUCCCCUUGUUUGUGUUUAUAUCCAUGUUGGUUUUUUUUUUUUGUUGUCAUAUGGUUUUGCCUAUAGCCACUUUCUGUUUAAAAUAAUUUUGAAAUGUCACCCCAACCUGAUUGACAACACUGAUAUUUCUUGGCCAUACUUGUUAGAAUUUGGCAUGUAGCUGAGCGGAAUGAAGUUCUCUCAUGCUGCUUGGUUUUAAAGUUGCACUUGCUCUUUGUAAAGACUGGAUGUUGCUCCCAAGGUUGAAGUUUUGUAUUUAAACAUCAGUUGAAAGCAACUGCCUCUUCAUGUCCUAACUGAAUUGCCUUCGACCACUAUUGACAGUCUACAUCUGUAUGAGACUGAGCUUCUGCUUCCAGUCCUUUUUGUAUUCAGAUUAUCAAGACAUUGUAUGCACAUGGCUGGCUGCAUCUUUGUGUCCUGAAGUAAUUCAGAAGUUUGAUUGUAUGACUUUAACACAAUUAUGUAGCCUCUAAGCUGCCAUGUGGAUUUUAGCUUCUUAUGCUGACAAAGAUAAGUAAAAUGUUUAUCAGACCCCUGGCUUCAAUAAAACCAAGAAUCCAA